AUGGUCGAAUUGCGAGCUUCGGUAUACGAUGGCGAGGACGACAUUCCUUUUGCCAAUGCUUCAAUCGUCACAUUUGACAAUGAGCUAUCUAACGAUCCAAUCGUCGUACCAAUGGUAGAGACUCUGUCCGUCACGAGUCCCUCCGAUGGUGGCAGUGCACAAGCUGUCUACGAGGCUCCACCCGUGAUUGACAUUUCCCUACAGACCCGAGAGUCCAGUGAUGGCGCUACUUCUUCUCUAAACACACAAGAAGCAUCUCAAGAACUAGCUCAAGAACAAUCUUCGUCCCAGCCAAACAUUCCCAAAGCUGCCGCUGCUGGUGGAGCGGUGAUGGGCAUGUUUUUGGGAGGGCCCUUCCUUUCGUUAGUCUUGGGUGUGGGUUCUCAUCACUAUUCGAAACAAGAGGGAGCAGUGGGAGACUGUGCACGAGCACUCGGGGAAGUUUCCCUUGUGGCAAAGGAAAAGUUUCAACAAGUAAAUAACCGCCAUCACCUUGUGGACAAGAGCAAGGAAGCUGCCGCCCGCACCUUGGAUCGAGUGCAGCAAGCGGACCAGGAACACAAGAUACAAGAAAAGGUGGGAUAUUUUGUUUCCCAUUGCUAUGCAGUCACACUGGACUUUAUCUACAGGCACAACUUGAUUGAAAGAUCCAAAGAGAAUUUCAAGAAGUUGAUGCAUUGCUUGACGGAAGCGGUGCGGGAACAUCACCAUCGGGUAAAUCACCGAGAAAAUCGUCCACAUAUGCAUCACCACCAUCCACAUCAUCAUCAUUGUCCGCCUCCGAUUCCUCCUCCUCCCAGGCGCAACGCUCGUUGCUAUUAG